CACAGCUUUGUUUUGCCCCAGGUGUGGGGAGAAUUGAACUCGCUGUUGGGAAAUCAAACAGAUAAAACUAAACUGUGAGAGGUAGAAGUCGUCUCGUUUCUUGACUUCUGGUCUUUUAGUUUUGUGUUAUCUAAAGAAGAAGAGGAUGACAGGCUCACUGCAGCUGCUCACAGGACUGAUAGUCUUCACAGCUUGGUCUCAGUUUCUCUGUGCGUCAGACAUUUGCCAGGAGGAGGUGGCUCGUCUGCAGGAACAGGAGAAGCUUCUGAAGGGCCAGCUUCAGAAACAAGAACUCCUCCUACACAGAUUACAGUUGCGGAACCAACCUGGCAACAACAAACCAGCACAAGCCGACCAGCCCCAGGACACAGAGUACACAGACUGCUCCCAGCUCUUCACUUCUGGCUUCAAAUCCAGUGGUUUCUACAGAAUCAAGACCUUCAGAGCGUACUGUGAUAUGAGUGAAGGAGGUGGUUGGACUGUCAUACAGAGACGGAUCAAUGGAGCAGAGACAUUCAACAGGUCAUGGGUGGAGUAUAAGGAUGGUUUUGGAGACAUGAAUGCAGACUUAGGAGAGUUUUGGAUUGGAAAUGACAACAUGCAUCAUAUCACUGCACAAGGGAAUUACUCUCUGAGGAUUAACCUGGAGGACUUUGAUGGUAACCAGCGCUACGUUGAGUACAAGAACUUCAAAGUGGCUGAUGAAAAGGAUCACUACCGACUAACCUUUGGAGCUUAUGUAGGCACAGCUGGUGAUGCUCUGUCUGGAGGUUAUCAGGUUGGUGUGUCAGAGUGGGCCAGUCACCAGGGCAUGAAAUUCAGCACCUACGACCAGGAUAAUGAUAACUACCAAGGAAACUGCGCCCAGGAAGACAAAGGAGGCUGGUGGUUCAACAAGUGUCACUCAGCCCAUCUUAAUGGCAAGUACUACUCCAGUGGUCACUACAGUGCGACAACAGAUGAUGGUGUAGUUUGGUACACUUGGAGAGGAUGGUGGUAUUCCCUGAAGACCAGCAUCAUGAAGUUGCGACCCAUCGACUUCAAUAUUGACCCCAUUGACGACCCAAAUGCUGUCAACCGCAAUCCACCUUCCUAGAUCAGACAUGAGCAGAUAUUAAAUCUUUGUGUUUGUGCAGAAACAGCUUGGCAAGGAGUAAAAUCACAUUUUACAUUUAAAAAUAUACUAAACAUACUAUCAAUCUAAUUUUAAGAUCCUCUUAAAGCACAUGUGGACUUGUUGAUAGAUUGUAUUUGGAUGGAGAAGAGUAGCAGUAACAAAGCAGAGCAAAUAUAGCCAAGAUGAAUCAACACCCAAAACUCUGAAGUGGUAAAUGUAACUGGACACUGUACAACAUAGUGAAACUUUAGGUAGCUUACAUAACAACAUAUGUGUAAGAGGUAGUCUGUAACAUCAGGACUUGUGAAACUUUUUGCCUGUUUUAGAGACAUGAAUGUUGCAAUGGGAAGUAGCACAUGCACACAGCUUUCUGUUCUGGUGGAAAAAGGGGAAAUCUGAUGUUGGUGUGUGUUUGGCAGAAACAGACAGAAAGAGACUGAAGAUGUUGAAAGGAGACAUUUUCGUUUCAUUGAAAAUGGCUGUAGCGAGAGCUGAAAGGGCUUUAAAAAAAAUAAAAAAAAUAAUAACAUGAUAAAAUCAACAUGUCAUCAUAUUCUUCAGGCUACAAUAGCAUAGAGUAAGCUGAGCUCAGAAAUGCUCAUUUUCCCAUAUGUU